CCAGAGUCGCCAGUGGCGAGUCGGAGUGGCGAGUCGGGCGACGCAACCGACCGCACAUGAUCCUCGCCGCCAUCUUCCCUCCGGCAUCGUCAAUCUCGGCGUCGCCGCUCGCGUUUGAGCUCUACCCGUACGAGCCGGCGGCCGAUCCAGCGGCUGCUGUCGUCGUCGGAAAAGCCCGUUUCACGGUCCUGACGCCGAGGCUGCUGCGGCUCGAAUACUCUGAGACUGGAACCUUUGAGGACCGCCCGACGUUGGCCUUUGUGAACCGCAAGCAACCCGUCCCCGAGUUCACCUGGAGCGCCGUGGCGGGCACGCUCACCACCGCCGCUCUGCGCCUCCACUACGCGGGCGGCGCCUUUUCGGCACAAUCGCUGUGGGUGACGCCUGCGCCCGGUGCGAAGCGGACCGCGUUCGCUGGAUGGAGAUUCGGCAUGACGUCCGACGCCGACCCAGGCAACCUGCGAGGCACGAUCCGCACGCUCGACCGAACGGCCAACAUCUCGCUCGAUUGCAACCAUCUCACGAGCGAUCGGCACUGCGCUUGGGGUGUGGUGUCUCAGAGUGGCUGGUCGCUGGUGAACGAGACGGGCGUGCCGUGCCUCGGGGCGGACGACUGGUGGGCCGACGCCGAGGGCUCGAUGCUACGCAACAUCGACACGCACGACCUCUACCUCUUUGCCCACGGGCACGACUACCCCGCAGCCCUUCAUGACCUGCAGGCCGUGGGCGGAAAGGUGCCGCUCCUGCCCCGCCGCAACCUCGGCGUCUGGUUCACGCGCUGGUACGACUACGACGCGGCGGACGUGCGUCGCCUCGUGGGCGAGUUCGAGCGGCGCGCGCUGCCGCUCGACGUCCUGGUCCUCGACAUGAACUGGCACACAAAGGACGCCUGGACGGGCUACAGCUUCGACAAGACCCUCUUCCCCGACCCGGCCGAGGCGCUCGGCUGGCUCCGCUCCAAGGGCCUCGCCGUCGCCGCCAACCUCCAUGACGCAGAAGGCGCCGCCGUCGCCGAGGGGAGGAGCGGCCCGCGGCCGCCCACUGCUCGCAUGGAUGAUCCACCGGAGCGGCACGCCGCCGCCGCCGCGGCGAUGGGCCAGCCCAACGCGAGCGGCCAGCUGGCCCUCCGCCUGACGAGCAAGGAGUACGUCUUUGCGCUCGAGGACGUGGUGCUGCGCCCGCGCGAGGAGGAGGGGAUGCGCUUCUGGUGGAUCGACUGGCAGCAGGGAGAGACGCAGGGCGGGACGGGCCAGGACCACCGCCCCGACGGAAAGAUGAACCCGACCGUCUGGACCGCAAAGGCGAGAGUCACCGACUCGCUCCGGCGAUGCCGCACGGGCGGCGGCUGCUCCGACCUGCGCGGCGUCACUCUGUCUCGCUGGGGCGGGCUGGGCCAGCACCGCUACCAGCACGGCUUCUCGGGCGACGUGGCCGGGCUCACGUGGGCCAACCUCGCCUACCAGGCGUACUUCUCGGCCACCGCCUCCAACGUCAACUUUGGGUUCUGGUCGCACGACCUCGUCGGACCCGGAUCGGACCCCGAGAUGUACGUGCGCUGGCUGCAGCUCGGAAGCCUGUCGGGCAUCAUGCGGAUGCACGACCGCGGCCUCUCGGCCGGAGGAUGCAUGCCGUGGCCAGACUCCGACAGCGCGUGCUCGACUGUCGAGCCUUGGGACGUGCCGCGCGCAUUCUACGAGGCGGCCGCGAGCGCGCUCCGGUCGCGUGCGAGUAUGCUGCCCUACAUCUACACGCAGGCGCGCGCGGCGUUCGACUCGGGGCUCGGCCUCACGCGGCCGAUGUACUACUACCACCCCGAGGAGCAGGGCGCCUACCCGUCCAGCAAGGUGUGGCUGCCUCCAGGCGUGUGGUACGAGGUGCACACGGGGUCUCUCCUGAAGAGGGCAGCGCCCCAGACCACCACGCUGGGCGUGCACCUGCUGGACGUGCCCACCUAUGCCGUCGGCGGCUCGGUGGUGCCGCGCAGGCCGCUCUUCUCCUCCACGGGCGAGGUCGCCGUCUCGCCCGGUCUCGCGGGCGAGGCGUACGCUGCCGUCGAGUGGACCCUCUACCCGGGUGCGGCGGCGGGCUCGGGCAGCAUGUACGAAGACGACGGCGAGACCUACGCGUACUUGCGUGGCGACUCGGCGACGAGUACGCUCGUAUUCGCGAUGGGCGGCGGGACGAGCCCCACUCUCGACGUCAACAUCACCGUCGCCGUCUCGGCAGGAGGGGCCGCCGCCCUGCCUCGGACGCGCACGCACUCGCUCCGGCUCCCGAACACGCCGCCGCCGACGCGCGUCCUCUUCAACGGGGCGCCGCUCGGGAAGUCGCGCUUCGGCGGCCCGGCCUCGUGGCACUACGACGGCGACGACGUGGCGGUGGUCGUCACCCUGCCCCCCUCCCGCACCACCGACCCCGCCCGGGUGGUCGCCACGUUCGAGCCCCACCCGCCGGCCGGCCUGGACGGGCUCAAAGGGCUGCUCGCCGCCUCCCGGCGCGCAAAGGCCGCGCUCAACCUCCGCAGGAUGGCGCCGGGCGAGCACUCAUCCCACCUCGACCCGCUCGGCGCGCCCCUCGCCUACGUCGCAAGCGCGCCCGACUUGCUGGCGAGCGCGGCUGGCUCGCCCGCCUUUGCAGCCACGGUGGCAAAGGCGCGGCUGCGGUACGCGGCCGCAGCGAAGGAGAUCGGAAACCUCGCGGCAAACGUGACCAAGGACGCCGACAAGUUGCGGGCCAUGUAUGCCAGCGAAAUCCUCGAGGCGGCGCGGGUGGCAUAUAGUGGGUAGUUGCCGUUUCCGGUGUUAGAGAGGUGUUAGAGCCGUACUCUGUACACUGACAGAGCUC